AUGGUCCAAACGGGUCAUGCCGUCGCUGUUGCCUUCGCUCUUAACAUCGCUGCCGGGGCCGCCACGAUCCUGGGUGGCAUGGUCGUCUUCCAUAAACGGCUCGUGUAUCUCGCCAACCCGCUGAGUCUCGCAGUUGCCCUUAGUGUCUCGGCGGGUGUCAUGCUCUUUAUUCCCCUAGCCGAAAUUUUCGGUGAGUCUGUCGAGUCCCUGGCUCAAGGAGUUAAGAAGGACGACAUGUCGGAGGACACCGCGACAGGUCACGGCUGGUUGUUGGCGUCUUGCUGCACUGCCGUCGGCAUUGGACUGAUCUAUUUGAUCGACGGAGUGGUGAAAAUGAUCUCACCGGAGCAUAACCACACGGAGAUCGACAAUUUGGAGAACCUGCAAGAGACGAUGGCAUUUGACGACUCCAAAGAAGGCCAGACCAUCGGGUCUCCGAUGGUGGAACUCGAAAGUCAAACAACAUCAAAUAUGAACGCCGGUGUGUACUUCAAAAUGGACGAUGCGGCCAAGGAGAACCUCCAACGAAUGGGUUUGUUGAGUGCGCUGGCAAUUGGCAUUCACAAUGUCCCCGAGGGAAUCGCUACAUACGCCGGAUCAAUCCAGAACUCCUCGGUGGGGCUCUCGCUUGCCUUUGGUAUUGGCUUACACAAUAUUCCGGAAGGAAUCGCGGUGGCAGCACCAAUUUACUUUGCCACGGGUAGUCGCUGGCGUGGCAUAAUGUGGUGCGUCAUUUCGGCCAUUGCAGAACCACUCGGCGGAGUGAUUGCAUGGUUGGCUAUCGGAAAUGGUAUGGGUCACGUCUCGGAAGGUAUUUUGUUCGGCCUCGUUUGUGGUAUCAUGGUGUGUAUCUGCGUGAAGGAACUUCUGCCAACUGCAUUCCGCUUUGCCGGUGACAAAACUCAUUUUGUUGCGCUGGGUGUAUUCUUCGGCAUGUUUGUCAUGGUUACCAGCCUUACACUGUUCGGCUACGCUGAUGCUUAA